AUUCUGUUUACGUCCCACUUUGCAAUCAAAUACUCGCUCGUCAACGUCUGACAGGCUGACAAUCUACUCGUAACGUCAAUCGACAUUCAGGCCUCCCGCCUCACAGUCUCGUAUACACCGUCACGUGGAUGCAAUUACGCAAGUUUUGGCUGAGUCGCGUUUGAUCCUCCUAGGCAACUUUGGUCGGACGGGAAUGAUCUUGGCUACUGACCGUGCAUGCUUUCUUCCAGGAAUAACUCCGAUAAUGAUCGUUAGCAAGAAUAGUUAAUGGCUAUGCAAAAAUCUCUCUCGCACCCGCUCUCGGAGGUUCUGUAAGUACCGAUGCACUUGAGGAAAUCUGACAUCCAAUCUCUUUCGCCACUCGUAAACGCAAUCUCUCUUGGAUCGCAGUAUAUUGUACUAUCACAGAGCUCGAGUUGAAGCUCUUUUUAUUCCGCAACUCGAUGCCCGAGAACCACAACAAUUCGCAUGGCGAUUCGCGGAGUUCGUCAUCCUCCAGCAGGAAGUCCGAUGUUCGCCCGUUGAUAGACAUCGAUGAAAACAACGCGCAAGUGCAAAGCGUAACUAAUAGCGAAUCAACUGCGAUAGAGAAUGAGGACUCUGGUAGCAGUUCAUCAGCACGCAAUGGCGAUGUAGCAGGCGCUCUAUCAAGCCGAAAAGAUCACCGUCAACUGCUGCCUGAUCUCGAAGUAGAUCCAAACCUGCACGAAUUGGAGGUGGAAGCAGACCUUGAGGAAAUCGAACAAAUCGAGGCUGAAGAGAAGGACAAACCCAUUUCAUGGAGCUCGCUACCUCGAAAGGACCAACUCACUGUCCUUGUACUAUCACGUCUAUCUGAACCUCUCACGCAGACUGCGCUCGGUUCAUACAUCUUCUACCAGCUACAAUCUUUUGAUCCAAGCCUUCCAGAAUCGACAAUAGCGUACCAAGUCGGAAUUAUUCAUGCAUCGUUUCCUGCUGCGCAAUUCCUGACGGCCAUCCUCUGGGGGCGGUUCGCGGACUCACCCCAUGGAGGCAGGAAGCGAGUUAUUUUCAUUGGCCUCCUGGGUACAAUGCUCUCCAUGCUUGGGUUUGGAUUCUCACACAGCUUUCCUAUGGCUGUAGUGUUUCGAUGUCUUGGGGGCACUCUGAACGGAAACAUUGGCACAAUGCGAACUAUGGUCUCCGAAAUUGUCGUAGAGAAGAAGUAUCAAUCACGAGCCUUCUUGCUCUUACCUAUGACUUUUAAUAUUGGGGUAAUUAUUGGACCGAUCCUUGGCGGAUUGCUGGCAGAUCCCGUGGGCAGUUAUCCCUCCGUAUUUGGCCCAGGUUCUCCACUUGGUGGUAAAGACGGCGUGUACUGGAUGACAAAAUGGCCAUACGCACUUCCGACCGUCGUCAAUGCCGCAUUUCUCCUCUUUUCCUCUUUCAUGGUCCUGCUGUUUCUAGAAGAAACGAGCGAAUUGACAAAGCACAAGCCCGAUCCAGGACUUCGCAUUGGGCGUUGGAUAAGGCGACACAUUCUGCGACAAAAUAUUCCUGAUGAGGGUUAUGUUGCCAUCCCAACAGACGAAGAUGAUGCAGAUGCCGAACUGCAGCAAACGCCAGUAUCUGGGAAUCCCACUUCGAACCCUUUCCAGAAGGCCAAAAUUCGAAACAUCCUUCCCUUCAGGCGGAUCUGGACCAGAAAUAUGACUGGCAAUCUCGUAUCCCGCGCUGUAAUGAGUAUACACGUCGGAACUUUCAAUUCCCUCUGGUUCACCUACCUCUCCACACCUAGAUAUGAUCCCAAGAACCCCUACCCUCCGGGCUUCAAACCACACGGACUUAUCCAUUUCACCGGCGGACUCGCGCUCCCACCUCCACGCAUCGGGCUUGCCCUCUCCAUUCUUGGAUGCAUCGGCAUAAGCUUACAGCUCUUCAUCUACCCGCGACUCUCCCAUAAACUUGGCGCUGCUAGGUCGUAUAAGAUCUUCCUAGCCCUCUGCCCGCUCGCAUACGCUCUCACCCCGUUCCUCAGUAUAGUUCCCAGCUGGUCUUCCCCACCUGCCGGGGUAACAGGCCCAUUUAUUUGGAUAGCCAUCUGUUCCGUGCUCUUUGUUCAAACGCUGGCUCGGACAUUCGCGCUCCCGAGCUCUGCCAUCCUCAUUAACAACAGCUCUCCCCAUCCCUCGGUACUUGGCACUGUUCAUGGAAUUGCACAGACUGUGGGAAGUUUGUCUGGGACAUUCGGCCCCAUCAUGUUCGGUUGGACGUAUGGAAAGGGACUGAAUAUGGGGGUUGUGGGGUUGGCGUGGUGGUGUUUGGCUUUGGUGGCAGUCGUGGGAAGUGUAGCUGCCAGGUUCAUAUAUGAGGGUGACGGACAUGAGAUUCUGAUGGAGGGAGAAGUUAGAGGAGAGGAUGGGGUGGUUAGGACUGUUGGUUGAGGAUAACGGCUACAAGAAUUCAUUAUACUUGGACGACCAGGAUUCCAAUUUCAAUUCCAACACUUAAUUGACUUGGUUGCGAGAAGGAAAACAGAAAACGACCAGUAAGGAAAACUGCAUCAAAGAUACCUAGGUAGAUUUCAUGUAACGCAAAGUCACUUCUUUAUGUAUCAGACAUACUGAUUACGUAUUCCAUAG